AUUGGCCGCUGUCUGCGCGCACGUCACGAUCAUGAUGAGAAUUAAUGAUCGGGGCCGCUGAUUUCAUUGUGUGACGCCGGGACCGACCCAGCCGAGCCCGGCCGAGCCCGGAGCCCCCGCGCCGGCCCCGCGCUACACGUGCCAAUGUUUUGCCAACCAGCUGGACACCAGGCUUCCCAAAAGCUCACAUGCGUAUUUGCUAAGCUUGGCAAGUCAAGAUCAAAAUGAAAUUAUGGUAAAAAUCCAUAUGGAUUUCUAACUUGGAGUCUGAGGUUCAAGACAAAGAUGAAUCUUCGUUCUGUAUUUACUGUAGAGCAACAAAGGAUAUUACAGCGUUACUAUGAAAAUGGAAUGACAAAUCAAAGUAAAAAUUGCUUUCAGCUCAUAUUACAGUGUGCACAAGAAACUAAACUGGAUUUCAGCGUGGUCAGGACGUGGGUUGGCAACAAGCGGCGGAAGAUGAGCAGCAAGAGCGCCGUGGAAUCUGGGGGCACCCCACCAGGUACUGCCCCUGCCACUCCCUCCAUGCCCCCCGAAGCAGCAGUGAGAAAUGUGGUAAAUAUUGCUCGAUCCCAAAGCCAGCAAUCCUCUUGGACCUCUUCUAACAACGACGUGAUAGUGACUGGUAUCUACAGCCCUGCCAGCUCGUCGGGCCGGCCCGGAGCCGCCAAGCACACAAACGCCUCUGUGGCAGAGCUACACAAAACCUCCAUCCCACGGCUUUCGGGCAAGAACGACGCAGACUUCCAGCAGCAGCACAUCCCUCUGGGACGGCAAGUACCCCACUGUAAGAACGCUUCCCUCUUAGUGGGAGAAAAGACCAUUAUUCUCUCCAGGCAAACGAGCGUGCUCAAUUCUGCAAACUCCAUCUACAGUCACACGAAGAAAAGCUACGGCGGCUCCUCGGUGCAGACGGCGGAGCUGGUGUUACCUCAGAAACCCAUGAUUUGCCACAGGCCCUGUAAGGCCGAGCCCUUGGGGUGCCAGCGCUUGCAGAAGCCCGAGCACGCGGGCCUGGCGUCACACAUGCCCCCCAGGCCGAGGGCUCACCCCAGGGAUGCCGCGUGUGGCACCCAGAACCUGGAGAUCCGCGAGGUGUUCUCGCUGGCGGUCACAGACCAGCCCCAGCGGCUCGUGGCAGGGAGCACGACGCAGAAACAUCCCUCCCUGGAGGGCAGCUGCCUGUCCAUCGCGAUGGAGACGGGCGACGUGGACGAUGAGUACGCCCGGGAGGAGGAGCUGGCCUCCAUGGGAGCGCAGAUCCAGAGCUACUCCAGAUACUGUGAGGGCAGCGGCUCCAGCCGCGGGUACAACCAAAGCGCGGCCGCGGCCGGGCCGGGCCACAGUGGGGGCUGUGGGGCACAGCUGGGCAGUGCCAGGGACGUGCCUGACAAUCUCCUCUACCACAGCAGAGAGUUCCACCUGCCUGCACGGACCUCGUUGCACGCGACAUCCAGCACGAUUUAUAAUGCUGCAAACGCAGCCAGAAGUACCUUUUCUCCUCAUUUCACAUCUUCAAGUCAACUGAGGCUGUCACAAAACCAAAAUAAUUACCAGAUUUCAGGAAACCUUACUGUGCCUUGGAUUACAGGUUGUUCCAGAAAAAGAGCAUUACAGGACCGCACACAAUUUAGUGACCGAGACUUAGCCACCCUAAAGAAAUAUUGGGACAAUGGCAUGACCAGCCUGGGCUCAGUCUGCAGAGAGAAAAUUGAAGCUGUGGCUGCAGAAUUAAAUGUUGACUGUGAAAUAGUUCGGACUUGGAUUGGGAAUCGAAGACGGAAAUAUCGUUUAAUGGGGAUUGAGGUCCCACCCCCUAGAGGAGGUCCUGCUGAUUUCUCUGAUCAAUCUGAAUUUGUUUCUAAAUCAGCACUUAAUCCAGGAGAGGAAACUGCUACUGAAGUGGGGGAUGAUAAUGAUAGGAAUGAUGAAGUAUCAAUCUGCUUAUCUGAAGGAAGCUCACAAGAAGAGACAAAUGAAGCUCUUCAAAAUGAAGAAAUUGGCCCCAAAGACGAUGACCAGAAUCCAGUUUCCACUGAUAAUGUGAAAAUAGAAAUUUUAGAUGAUGAAGAGAGUGAUCUGAUCAGCAAUUCUGAAGUGGAUCAGAUGAGUUCUCUUUUGGAUUACAAGAAUGAAGAAGUCAGGUUCAUUGAGAGUCAGCUGGAGAGCCACAAACAGAAAUAUUUUGAACUGCAGACGUUUACCCGGAGUUUGAUACUUGCAAUUAAAUCAGAUGAUAAGGAACAGCAGCAGGCUCUGCUUUCAGACUUACCUCCCGAACUUGAAGAAAUGGAUUUCAACCACACAUCCCCGGAACCUGACGAUACCUCAUUCAGCCUCUCAUCCCUGUCGGAGAAAAAUGCCUCAGACAGUUUGUGAUUUCUUGGUUUUUUUUUUGGAAGAGACAGAACAGAAACCCCACGGGAGGUCCAGUGUUCAGGAGAGAGAGAGGCUUUUGCUCUGCAGUGUUCUCAGCCCAAGGGAGCCAUCCUGAGGAGGAGGAGUCCAGGAACUGGGAAUGCUGAGUUUGGAAAAUCAAAGAACUGGGUGAGGGAAGGGUUCACUGAAAGCAGCUUGGCCUUGGGUAGGAUUAACUUUAACUCUCCAGAAAAACUCUGGCUCUGUAGAAAAGCCUUUCUGAGCAGGGAUUCAAGAGUGGGAAACAAAUGUUGUGUGAUACACAGCAAAUUCUCCAGCUCCACGUGCUCCCCAGGCCUGUUUAUUGUAUUUUUCCCCAUUUUUACUCAGGUAGGUGGACUAAAAAUUGGGGAUCCAAAUAGAAUAAUGGGCUUUCUCUGAGUUGUGCUUGAAAACCUGAAAUUAAAGUGUUUUUCAUUUUCUGACUUGACAUUGUUAAAUCUUCCAUUUUUCUGACCAAAAUAGCUGAAAACCUUGAAAGGCUAGCUAAAAAAAUUGAAUUAUCCUCAAUAAAUUAUUAAUGGAAGGAAGUAGUGAUAAGUGUUGGAAGAAAUGAGGUGGAAAUGGGAACCCUGAUAGCUGCAGGACACAACUUCCUAAUACAGUAGCAAUGGGAUUGGAUGUUUACACUCUUUAGAGUUUAAUGGUUGUAGUCAUAGUUUUUAUUUGUCAAAGCCUGAAUGCUAAAGUUCUGCUUAUUAUUUUAAGUCUUGGUUAUAUAGUUUUCCACAAACCUUGCUCCAGUUUUCCAAGCCAGUCAGAAUUCCGCAGCGGUCAUUGCAUUCUGGAAGGUUUUCCAGUGUUGCGAAGUGACUUUUGCAGACCUGGUUUGAAGCCCUGCCUGGUGCAUGUUUUGGCAAGUGCCCUUUCUAAACUGUGAUCUCGACUGCAGGCAGGGGCUGAAAUGAAUUUUUUCUUUCCCAGAGCAGUUGGCACUGAAUCCCUCCACUCCUGUGGUGGCAUGGAUGUGCAGAGAUAUUCAGAUGGAUUCAGUGGGGUAUGUUUGUGAGUGCCUGGCCUUGGCAGUGGUGCCGUGGUUGAGUUGACAGAGUGGUGAGCAGUCCAAGGCAGGUCUCAGUCCUGGAGCUCUUUUCCUCCAGGAUGGUUCUGAGGGAGGCUGCAGGUGCCUGCCCAUGGCAUUGAUGCUCCAGUUCCAACCUGGAUAUUCCUUAGCAAUCAUUUUUCACACAGAUACUUCAGUCUGGUUAAAAACCUGAUCUUUCCGUUUUAUGCCAAAUAAUAAUUGACUUGGGGGAUCCUGGUUCAUGCAGUGAGUAAUCCCCUUAAUUUCAGUGGGAGAUCCAAGGUGUAGCGCAGAAAAUCUGGAGUAUUGGGGAAGUAACACCUUUUUUUUCUUUAAUACUGGGAUUAAACUCAUGUUUUAGGGUUUUCUUAGUCUGAUCAGUCCCUUCCUAAUCACUUGUACAGCUCUUUUUGUUUAGCAUCCAUAGUUAUCUCUGUUCUUUCAGGUUUUUAGUCUCUCCUCUCCUUGGGCAUGAGGAGCUUUUAGCAAUACUGUUAAUUUAAAUACCAGCUGCAGAAAGGGCAGGAAUGGUUUUAAAAGGUGUUCUGAAAAACCAAAAGCCUCACAGUUUUCCCCCUUUACAAUUCUGUAAGUUCCCAACAGAGCUGCCCUUCCACAGCCAAAGCCCAGAGUUCCAAGAUGCUGGGCCUGUGUGUGAGCUGAGGCAUUAAAACUCACAGUGGAAAUGAAGGUUUGUGAGCAGAGCUCACAGUGCUGUCCUUCACAGUGAGGAUAGAGCGGAGCUGGAAUUCUGCUCGCUCUGUAAAACCAUUUAUAAAGGGUUUUCUAUGCCAGGCCAACAAUGGUUUCUAUUGCUGUUCCCUUUAGAAAGGAAAUUUGUGCCACUGACAAUGAAACCUCUUGUUUUCUGCAAAAUUAAAAAAAUAGUGCUGGGAUUAGCCACUAUUGGGACCCUGUUUUCCUGCUUCUUCUACUUGAAUUCCCAUGACAGAGGGCAGGAUACUCUUAACAGGAGUUCUCAAUUUCGUGGUCAAUUAAAUCAUCUGCUUUCCUGCAAGAAAAACUUCCAUUGAUGAUUCCUAUUUUGCUGUCUUGCUGCUAUUUCAUAUCCAAACAAAUCGAAGGAGUGAAUUUUCAAUGAACUGUUUGCUAGAUAUAAGGAAUUAUGUCAGUCCCUGUUCUCCAAGAAACUGGAAUCCUCUUGGAUGUGCAGCUGAGGUGAGCUGCAGUCUAGGCCCACCCCAUCCCUGGGAGAUGUUCUGUGGUCCUUUCUCCUGUGGGGAGACAAAACAGAGCCUGAGACACUUGGGAACACUAUAGGAGAGUCAGGAAGAAAAGAGUAUAAAUUCUGUCCCUGAAUAACAAAAUCUGUGGAGGACGAUGCUCCACAGUUCCUUGGCUGGGUUCUUUCAGUAUGUAUUUCAGUGUGUGUUUCCAAGAAAAGUCUAGUAACUGUUACCAUUCGUGGUGGUUAAAUGUUGCUGGAGAGCAGGGGCGUGGCUCUGGGGUGGGUUUGGGUUCAGGGUGUUUCCCAUCUGUGUAGGGUGGUAACAAACACCUGCAUUACAGUUCAUCAUUUCAUAACCUUCCAUGGGAGAUACAGCUCAUCCAGUGCCUUUCAGGGUGACAGAAAUCAGCCCCCUUCUGAUCCAGUGGGUGACUCUAAUGUGAAUUAUCACUGCAGCAGGAGGGCCAUGUGUUGAUGGCCACGUAUCAAUAUUUGACCAUCCUGCAAAGUCUCUCAUUUACUUAGUCCAUAAACAACGACUUCCCUGGCAUUGUUCAUUCCUAAAGCAUCCAUGGGAACAUCAGUGAUUUCUGAAGAAACCCACGUGAUAAAAGAGCCCAGAACAGACACUUUACCUGGAGGCAGGACAGGCUCUCCCUGGGGAGCUGUUUUUGAUGCUGGAAGGUUUGCUCAUGGUUAAAACCCUGUUUCCUGGAGCUCUGCCUCCUUUCCUCUCCCUGCAGCUGAUGCUUCGGUCACAUCCAUAGGUCUGACAAAAGUAAUAGUAACAGGAAAUACUCCAAUAAAACAAUAAAUACUCCAGGAGGUGAAUUUGGGGCAGAUUUAAAGCCACCUGAGCAGAUGAACCUUACGAGGUUUCUGGAGUGCCCAGCCCUGGAGGCAGCUCUACACUUUAAUCUCUCUAAGUAUUUGUUUUCACUAAGGCAAUAAAAAGUGUGAAAUGAGGAGUUUGGGGCUUUAGAGCCUUAUGAGUGAGGAAAGGAAUAUGCUGGUUCUGUCCUCACCUUGAACUGGGCAGGAGCUUUAGAGAGUCUGUUCUCCAAGGGGAAAAGCUGUGUCUGCUGCUGGGCUCAGACAAGUGAAGUGAUGGAACAAACCAGCAGUAUCACGGACAUCCUGGCUUGGGAAUGGGAAUCCCUGCUUCAAAUGGGUCUGCCCUUCCCUUUGGGGUCUCUGGCAUUGCUGUGCCCCUGACACUGAACACAAACUCCUGCACAGACUGACUUUCCCCUCCUCAUUCCAGACAGAGCCACUGCUGGCCUCUCACUCAGGGUGCUGCUGGUGUGCGGAGGGACGGGGAUAUGCCUGAAGGGAAUAGUACAGAAUUCCUGGUACAGGAACAAUUCAUAACUUGUUCCAGCCCAAAGCUUGAUGUCCAACCUUCAGCCCCUGCCCAGCUCUCCUGGACCAGGGGCUGAAGGGCUGGAACCUGGCCAGACUCUGCCUUUUCUGCCCCAGAUGCCUGAGCAAAGUUAGGGGUGGUCAGUGAAGAAAUUCCACCUGGCUGCUGGAGAACACAGGCUGGAUGUGUUGAUUGAUGGGGUGGUUGAUUUCUUUAAUCAAGAACGUUUUACCACAUUGACCAAAUGCGAAAUCUGAAAUGUUUUGGGAAAAAAAAAAUAGUCAAAGCAGCACUACAGAGUUAAUGUUUUCCAUGGAAGAGCAGGAGUUUAGUCUGAGUAUUUAUUGCUCUGAAAACAGCAGCUGCUUUGGUCAGAAGGAAACAGAAAUGGGGCAGAGCCUUGGGCUUGUGGAGGUUCAUUUUCCACAAAGGAUCAAAUCCUCUUGGCUGAAGGAGGUGUUCAAGGAUGUUCCUGGAAGGAAAACAGUUCAGAUCAGUGCUUUGGCUGUGGAACAGCUUCCCACAUUACUGAACUAAGUCAAUAACUCUUUUCCAGCUCUGUUUUACAUUUUACACAAUGCUACCUCUGAAACGUGACACCCCUUAAACCCACACAGAAAAUGUGAACUUAGGAUUUUUUUUUAACCUUUUAUAGGCAAUAAAUUAUUCCGAACAUGCAUCCCUCAGCUUGUGCUUGGUUUUCGCUGAGUGGGAGCCAUCACUUUGUUUUUAUUUUAGUGCUAUUUUUCUGUAUUUGUGUUCAUCACAAUCCGUGGAUAAGGAAAUAAUGGGAUAUUAGGAAGAAAAACUUAGCAUAUAGUAAUGGGAGAAAAUAUUUCUGUUAAAGCUGAAGGAUGAUGGGGUGGCUGUGCUGGUUUUGGUGCAGUUACUGUGAAAAAUGGGUAUUACCCUUAAUUCUUGUAUUAAUGAUUGUUGGAACAUUGCUCAGUGCAUCAGAUGACUUAAUCUGAGAGAGCAGUCAGUGAUGUCAGCACUGUAAGGAAAAGGAUUUUACACUUUCUGAGACAUCACAAUUCAUAAAUAACCUCUGGGGAUUUUUGUUUCAGUUGUUUCCUUUUUUUUGGCAUAACUUUAUAGAGAUAUUGUAGAAAGAGUUUUGAAGUGUUAGAUGAAAAUGGAUGAGUAACAAACUGAGGUCAAAUGUAGAUUUAGACCUUGUUUGUAUUCAAGUUUCAUCUGAAAAGAGUUCCUUGAAUUUUCCCCCGUCACAUUUCUAUCCCUGGAGUACAGGGGAAGGGUGGCAGGAUGCAUGAGGGGGAUGAAGGGAAUGAAGCACAAGGAGGCAGAAAUGAAGAUUCUGGGUUUUAGUCAAGGAAAUUUCAAUAAACUAAAAGGUUUCUGUGCUGUGGAAAACAAGAGCUUCUGCUUUAUCUGCAGAUUCUGUGAAAUACACUUCAAAAAGUCAUUGGCAAAUCCACUGAGUUGUGCUGGAGGAAAAUUGUCUUCUCCAGUAGGAAUUUUAUAAUUUCUGGGGUUGUUUCUGGACUUACUGAGUGUGUGUGAACACACAGAUGCAGAUUUACAAUGUGCACAGAUACACUGAACUUGAUCACAGUAGCUCUACAAAGGCAUUUUAACUUGAAAUGUUAAUGGAAUUCUUCUCAAAUGUAUUUCAUUUGCUCUUAUUUUUGUGUCUUGCUGCAUAUCAAUUGCAUAGUUCUGAAAAUUAGUCACAUAACUCCAUACAAAUAUGAUUUAUUCUUUAUAUCCUUGCUACUGGUAACUUCUAUGUUUGGAAAUUUAUGAAAAUGCCCAGAAUAAUAAUAUUUCUAAGUGAUCUUGGCAAAUAAACAAACUGCUGUAUUUCUGAAGAGAUAAUGAAUCUUCUGCCAUGAUAAUUCCUGCUUUAUUUUCACUAUAGGAAUCGGUUUCAUUUUAAAAAAAUACUCUGAAAAUUUAAGUAUUAUUAUAUAACUAGGAUGUUUUCCUUCACCUACAAAACAGGAUAAUUGAUGAUUUUAAAUAUUUUAUCAAUUCCUUCUGGGUCAAUUCCUUAAGCUUUGUAACCUGAGUGUAUUCCUGAGUUUCUGUGUGAAAAUCACUAUUUAUAUUGCAUUUUUAUGAUUUGUAUCAGUAUGUGUAGCGAAGAAACUACUACAAACCUUCAACUGAAGUACCUCCACUAUGGUCCAGGACACCUGAUCUGGGCAUUUUGAGUGCCAGAUGCCUGGAGAAACAGUCCAGACGUUUGUAUUGAGUUGGUUUUCUGUGUAUAUAAAGGGUAUUUAUAAUCUUGUAUUAACAGAGUCAUCUUUGGAAAUGCUGAUUUCCUGCUCUAGAAGCCUGCUCAGCUAUUUUUAUAUAAAACGUUGGUCUUCGCCUUAAUUUUUUUUGGUGAAAAGUUGUGCCAUAGAUAUUUUAACUUAUCCACAGAUCCUUUACAGAGUUUGCUUUGAUUUCUCUUAAUUAAUUAUUUUUCCCUCAGAUUGUCCUAGUUUGUUUUCUCUUCCAAAGGCAUCUCAAAGUUGGUUUGCGCUUUUUUUUUUUUUUUUUUUUUUUU